GCGCCUGUCCUCGGGACCGGCACACUGCGGCGUCUACGUCGACCCGUAGAGGAUCUCUGCCCGUGAUAGCGUAAGAAGCUGGACCCUCGUUGACUUCCCUUCUCGACGUCGAGGCGAAGGAGGAGCCAGGGCAUUUUGGAGUAGGAGGAGGAGCUUCUGGCCUGACGCCAUGGACGGCUCCCCCACGGUCCUUCUUUCCCUUCUAGUGGCGGGAUUAGCAGUGCUCCCACUCCUGGUCAACGCCAGAUCCCCGACUCCGAACAUACACAUAUGUCACAGCCUGACCUGCCCUGGACAGGACGGCUUCUACGCGCACCCGACCUUCUGCACAGAUUACGUCCACUGCGUUGCCGGCGUCCCAUAUGUCAAGAGAUGCCCCUCCAACCUGAACUUCAAUGCGGUGAAAGGGGCGUGUGACCACCCGAGGGACGCCCCCUGCGCGCCCUUCAAGAAGUCAUGCGAGCUGACGAUCCCCUUCGUCCCAGGAGGCGUGACAGACGACCUCGUGACGUGUGACUGCGAAGGCCCCUGCAUCAAACCGCACCCGUAUAACUGCGAUGCCUUUUACCACUGCGACGCUGCUGGAGUGGAGCACCUUACAGAGUGUCCCGGAGACUUGAUGUUCAACGCCAUGGUUGAACAAUGUGAUCUGCCGGAGAACACCAAAUGUGACUGCGCCCACCUGCUCCUGUGACAACUGCCGGUACCC